AUGCAUUCUCUCUGGGCCAACGCUAAAGAUGUUGCCCGCACUGUGUCUGGGCAGAUUGACCAAACGUUUGAAGCAGCACUAACUGGCAGCAGCAGCAGCAGCAGCAGCAGCAGCAACGGGGGCGGCGGCAGCAGAGGCCAGAGCUCGGCCAGGAACAGUAACAACGUCUCCCCUGAGGGCAGCAGCAGCAGCAGCAAGGACAACAGCAACGGCAGCAAUUGGAUUGCUGCAGAUGUACUGCUGCAGCACGGGCAGUCUUCUGCUGCUGCUGCACUAGAGGGCAUCAACAGGCUGUGGGGACGCGUAGCAGCAGCACCUGCUGCUGCUCUCUCUCCCCUGUCUGCUGCAGCAGCAAACCACAGCUCCCGCGUUGCUGUUCCGUGGAAGCAACAGCAGCAGCAGCAGCAAGAUGAGCAAGGUGCUGAAGACAUAUCCGAAGACGAUGAGGUGUCUCUACAGUCGCUGCUGGAAGCCCGAAGGCAGCAGCAGCAGCAGCAGCAGCAGCAGCAGCCGCAAAGACAGCGCGGAGUUUCAGGGUCCAGCUCCCCAUCCCUGCCUCAGCUAGCAGCAGCAGCAGCAGGUCUUGAGGCAGCAGCAGCAGCAGCUGCAGCAGGACUUGAGGCAGCAGCAGCAGCAGUCACUGAAAGAGCGGCGAAGUCGUACGCUUCACAACGCUCAGGGCAACAGCAGCAGCAGCAGCAGACACAGCAGCAGCCGCAGCAACAAGAGAAGCAACUGCAGCAGCAGCAGCAGCGAUGGGACCCCCUUGGUGUGUCUCUCAGGAGACAGCCGCGAGCAGAGGCAGCAAAUAACACUGCAGCAGAUAAACGCUCAGCAGCAGCAGCAGCUCUUGCUGCACCGACAGCAGCAGCAGCAGCAGCAGAGCGCGAUGCUGCUGUUGAGGAUCUGACUGAAUACCCGCAACCUACAAGCAGCAGCUCACCCACAGCAGCAGCAGCAGCAGCAGCAGCACUCUACUGCGACUCCUCUAUGGAAAGCAUCUCUUUAGCAGCACCUGAAGACACAGCAGCAGCAGCAGCAGCAAACUUGUCUCCAGCAGCUGGUUCUGUGCAUAGGGGAGAGCUUGCACUCUCCGCAGCAGCAGCAGCAGCAGCACAAGUGGAUGCAACAGCAGCAGCAGGUGCAGCGUUGAGUGAGGAGGGCUUUUCUCCAGCGGCUGAUCUCUUCUCAGCAGCUGCAGCAGCAGAAACGGUAGCAGCAGAAGCAGCAGCAACUAAGGCUGCAGCAACAAAAACAGCAGAUGCGGCGCUUCCUACUUUGACUUCGUUCUCAGCUAUAAAUUGCAGCAACACCAGCAGCAACAACAGCCACAGCAACAAGAACAGCAGCGACAGCAGCAGCAGCAGCAGCUUACUGGAAGCUACAGAAAACCAAUUUGCUGCCGCUUCUUCCAAAGUGCGUCACAGUGCAGCAGGCGUAGCAGCAGCUUCAGCAGCGGCAGCGGCAGCUGCUGCCGAAGCUGCUGCUGCUGCUGCCACUGUUGCUACAUCUCGCAGUCCUGCUGCUGAGACAGCAGAUGCAGAAGAUUCAGCAGCAGCAGCAGCAGCACCAAGAGGUCCGGAAGCAGCACUUCUCGUGGUUGAAGAAAGCGUCCACGCAGCAGCACAAGAAAUAGCAGCAGCGGCAGCAGCAGAGGCAGCAGCAGCAACUGCAGCAAGAGAAGCAGCAGCGGCAAACGCAGCAGCAGCACAAGCGGAGGCAGAAGCAGCAGCAGCAGCAGAUGCUGCAGCAGCAGCAGCGGCGGCAGCAGCUGCAGAAGUAGCGGCAGCAGAAGCAGCAAAGACAGCAGUUGCAAAAGAAGCAGCAGCGGAAGCAGCAGCAGAGGCAGCAGCAGCUGCAGCAGCAGCUGCAGCAGAGGAAGCAGCCGAGGUGGCCAAGUUGAAGGCUUCUGCAGUGCCCGCAGGCAGUGAUUUGCUGCUGGAGGCUUUGGAGGAAGUCCCGCAGCAGCAGCAGCAACAGCAGCAGCAGCAGCAACAGCAGCAGCAGCAACAGCAGGAAUUAGAGGACCUUUUACCUUUAGAUGACUGGGGUGAAAACCUUCGUGCUGCUGGAGCUGCUGCUGCAGCAGAGCAGCCUUUACUGCUGGAGCCAGCACUGGCGAGAGGAGGAGCAGCAGCAGCAGAAGCAGCAGAAGCAACAGCAGCAGCAGCUGAAGCAGCAGAAACAGCAGCAGCAGCAGCAGCAGCAAGGGAAACAGCAGCAGCAGCAGGUUGCGAUGAGUUGGGGAUGCAGGGGCUGGAAGCGGACUUGAAGGUGCAGCAGAUUCCCACUGUAGAGGCGGCAGCAGCAGCAGCAGCAGCAGCAGCAGCAGCAGAGACAGCAUCGGCAGCCGCAGCAGUAGCAGCAGAGACACCAUCGGCAGCAGCAGCAGCAGGGUCUGAUUUGUGGGAGGAGACAGCAGCAGCUGCAGCUUCACCUGCAGCGGCAGAAGCAGCAGCAGAAGAUCUAUGGGGAAGCACGCUGAGUCUGCCGCCAUCUGCAGCAACAGCAGAAGCAACAGCAGCAGCAGCAGCACCUGCUGCUGCUGCAGCUGCAGCAGAGCCAACGGCCAACAUUCUCACAGCAGCCGACAAAACACAGGACACCUCACCUGCACCAGAGCCAGCGGCAGCAGCGCCAGCAGCAGCAGCAGCAGCAGCAGCAGCAGUGCUUACACAUGCAGCCAAUGAAGCAACAACCGCUGGCCGGAGAGAAAUUGAAGAGCCACUAGAUGGCCAAAUUAAGGGACCAUUAGCAGCAGCGGCAGCAGCAGCAGAAACAGUAGAAGUAAUGUCCACCACCCCUGUUUCUGCAGAGGGUCUGAAUUCAUUGCAGCAGCAACAGCAGCAGCAGCAAGAGCAAACUCCGCCUAAGCAGCAGCACGGCGCGCAGGACACAGGAGAGUCGUCGCUGCUGGUUGAGCAGCAGGAGCAGCAGGAGCAGCAGCAGAGGCAGCAGCAGAGGCAGCAGCGGGAGCAGCAGCAGGAGCAGAAGCAGGAACAGCAGCAGAAGCAGCAGCAGCAGCAGCAGCAGAUGGCUCCAGAGAAUGUUACUGCACUUCAGCAGAAGCCAGCAGCAGCUGUGCCUCUCCUUGUGCCCCCACCACCCCCGCCGACGCCUGUUCCUGCAGCAGCAGCAGAAGCAGCAGCAGGGAAAGCAGCAGCAACAGAGAAAGCAGCAGCAGCAGCAGCAGCAGCAGCAGAUGCUAGUACGCAGGCGCCGAUACACGGGGGAGUGGGGCAGCAGGACAAGGAGGCUCGGAUGCUGCAGCAGCUGCAGCAACAGCAGCAGCAGUUGCAGCAGCAGGAGGCGCAGCUGGUGCAGCAGCAGGAGCUGCUGAAGUCGCAGCAGGAGCAACUGCAGCAGCAGAAAACGCUGCUGCAGCAGCGGGAGCAGCAGCUGCAGCACAAGUCCGAACAGCUUUCAGUUCUCUUAGACCCGCAGCGAAGCCCCGACGAGGAGCUGCAGCAGCUGCGUCAGCAGCUGCAGCAGCAGCAGCAGCACGAGCAGGACUUGCUACGGACGAUCGAGCUGCUGAACGGGUCGCUGCGGGAGCAGCAGCAGAAGCUGCAGCAGCAGGAGCAGCAGCAGCACCUGCUGCAGCAGGAGUACGCAGAGCUGCAGCAGGAAGGGCACGCCCUAGCCAAUCGACUGGGAGCAGCAGACACAACAAUUAAAAGGCUGCGGGCCCAGUGCGAUGGCUACAAGUCGCUCAAGGCGGCCCAUGAGCAGCUCUCUGCAGAUGCAGCAGCACAAAACAAAGUUGUGGCGCAGCUGGAGGCCAAAGUGCAGCGACUCAGUGCUGCUGCUGCUGAGGCGGAGGCCAGCCGUUCGAGUGCUGCAGCAGAAGCAGCGGCAGCAAGAGCUGAGAAAGAGAAACUAGAGCUGUCUGCAGCAGCAAAGCAAACAGAAACAGUGGAGCGUCUCAAGGCCAUCAACAGUCAGCUGACCCACCAGCUUAAUGACGCCAAGGCCAUGUCUGCGCGGCUGGAGAAGCAGCACUUUGAGCAGCAGCAGCAGCAGCAGCAGCAGCUGCAGCAGCUGCAGUCCGAGAAUGAUGAAUUGCAUGCGAUGCUCACCGGCACUUCAAAACCAUCUCUGGAUAAAAUAGCAGCAGCAGAGAAAGACGCAGCAGCAGCGCGGCAGCAGCAGCAUUUGCUGCAGCAGCAGCUGCAGCAGCAGCAGCAGCAGCGCGAAGAGCUAGCCCGAAUACUGCAGCAGCAGCGGAGCUCGUGGGAGCAGCAGCAGCAGCAGCAACAGCAGCAGCUAGCACAGCUGCAGCAGCAACAUGCAGCAGAAAUGAAUGCACUGCGGAAGCAAAUCUUCGUAGCCCAGGUUGAGAAGCUGCAGCAGCAGCGGGCGGAACUGCAGCAGGAGGCCGAGAAGCAGCAGCAGCAGCUGCUGCUGCUGCAGCAAGAAAAGGAACGCCUGCAGCAAGAGCUCAAGGAAGAGCUUGACCGCGCGCGGCAGCGCCAAGAGCAGCAGCAGCAGCAGCAGCAAGUGCAGCAGCAGCAGCAAAGGCAGCAGCAGGAGCCCCCAACUGCAGCAGCGUCAACGCAGUCGGAAGCGCCGGAGCAGCAACUCAGCUUUUUAGGGCCUCGAGGCCUUUCGAGAUACCGAGCAGAGGCAUUUCAACUUGCUGCUGGAGCGCGCGAGAGGGAGCAGCAGCUGCUGGUAUUGCAAAGCGAAUUGAAAGCAGCAAGACAAGAAAAAGAAUUAUUUGAAAGCGAGUGUUUGGCCUUGGCGUCCACUGUGGAGGCUCUCAAGCGGAAAGUAAAUGAGCUGGAAGAGCAGCAAAAGGAAGACCUGCAGAAUUCGCAGGUGGCGGAAGCCGCUGAGGCUCUGGCUGAGAUGGACUCGCUGCUGCAGGAGACAGCAGCAGCAGCAAGUAAGUACAAAGAAGAAGCAGAAAGACUAAAUGAACAGAAUGAAAAACUGAAGCAGCAACUUGCUGCUCAUGGAAUUCAAGCUGAGAGCUGA